AUGGAUUAACCAAUAGGAAUUGGAGGAUUUAAAUUGCAACAAGUUAUAUCAAAAGAAAUGAAUUAAAUGAGACAUAGUGUUGAUCCUCGAACUUCUUUGUAAAUGAUAUUGAGCCAAAGAUCUUAAGCUUAAUUUUAAUAAGUUGUUGAUUAAGAAGUUCCUUAAGAAUAACCAUUAAAAUUGUUGAGCAAGAAAAAAGUAAAUGAAAAUCCAUAUUAGUAAUAUAGGGAAAAAGAUUUGAAUUUGAAAUCUCUUCUGAUUCAAGUUCUUUUUCAAUUACAUCUGAAGAAUCUUCGAAUUCUCAAAAAUCAUAACACUCAACUAAUUAUUUACUUAGAUAAUAAGCUGCAGCAUCAUUAAAAUUAUUGGUCAAAGAUAAUAAAUAAUAGAUAAGAUUACCAAAUAUUCCUAUAAGAAGCAUUUCUAAUGAGAAAUAACAAAUUAAUUUCUUGAAAGGACUAUAACAAAAUUCUGAAUUGAGUGAGAACAAUUAAAUAGAAGAAUAUUAUUAAUAAGGGAAAAUAACUGUCAAAUUGAAAAGCAAAGAUUUUAUGACAUUUAUGAGAUGGCAACAUGAAGUCGAAGAAUUAAAAAGAAAAAAGAGAGACUUUGAUGAAUAAAAAGACAGACAUUUCUAAUUAACCAAAGGAGACACUGUUACAAAGAUGGAAUAAUAGAGAAAAGAAGAAAUAAUGAAGAAAAAGAAAAAUAGAUAUUCAGAAUCAUGGAUUGUUGGUAUUUCAUUGGCAAAACGAUUUUUAAGAAUUGGUAGAAAAAGAGCAAGGGCUACAUUAUAAAGAAAUGCCAUAAAAACUUUAACUGGUAUUCAAAGUGUUCCUCAUUUAAGUGAUUCAAAUAGAUCUGAUGAUGUUAGAUCAAUGGCUAGUUUUAGAGAAAUUCAGAAUCCCUAAAUGUGAAAUUUUGAUUGUAAAUAAUAAUAUUUUUUUUUUAUAAAUGAACUAAAAUUCCAAUCAAUUACUAGGAUAACCAAAGAAUUAAUUUAAAAUUGUAGAGAGUGUCUAUCAAUAGCAAUAACAAUAACAAUAACCAAGAUAAUAGCUAUCAGUUCAAUAAAAGCCUAUUGAAGAAUCCCAUUGUAUAAGAGUAAUGAGUAAAGAAAUUAAAGCUGUUCAUAGAAUGCAAUUAUGGUUUUAUGGUAAAAAAUAAUAAAAGCUUUACUAAAAAAUGAAAAAAAAACAUAGAUAUAGAAAGAAUGUAAUAGCUGAAAUUAUAAAUACAGAGAGAACAUAUGUAAAUGAUCUAACUGUUAUCUGUGAGAAAGUGAAAACAUCUUCACUAUCAAUUAUUUCACCAAAUGAUGUUGAAACUAUCUUUAUGAAUUGUGAUUAAAUAUUGGCUUGGAAUAGAGAAUUUUUAUUAGAAAUGGAAAAAGGAUAUUAAAAAUAUAAUCUUGAUAAGAAAUUUAUACCAAAACCAUAUCAACCAGUUUUUGAUGGAAAUGCUAAAUAAUUAAAAACUCCAGAUAUAUAUGCAUUCAAAUGUUAUUAUGAAUAUUGUAGUAAAUUUACAAAAUCAAAUAAACAUUUUGAACAUCUCAAAGCAAAUGAUCAGAAGUUUAAAGAAUUUUUAAUAUAACUCAAUAAAAAUAACACUUUAAGAGGAAUGGACCUAGGAAGUUUCUUAGUUAAGCCUAUUUAAAGAUUGCCUAAAUAUAUUUUGUUAUUUAAAGUAAGAUUAAAAUUUAUUAUAGGAUUUAGAAAAAAAUACAGAUGAAGAUUAUCCAGAUUUACCUAAUAUCAAAGAAAUUCAUAAAUAUUUCAAAGAAGUAAACGAAGAAAAUAACAAAUUUAUGGAUAUUUUUAUGGGUAGAUUAUAACUUCAAUAAUUGAGUGAAUCUUUGAAGAUUAAUUAGGAAGAAUUAUUGAAUGAACCUAAUCGAGUUUUUAAAUUUGAGGAGAAAUUAACAAUUAUUUAACCAAAUGCAAAAAGUGAUGAAGAUUGUUAAGUAACAGUCUAUGCUUUAAGUGAUAUGUUAGUAGUUGUACAUGAUGAAAAAGUUUAAAAGAAACUCAAAUUAGAUUCUUUAUCUUUUGUUAAGAAUUAAUCUGACAAUAAUAAGUACUUUAGCAAUUUGUUUCAGAUUGUUGGGGUCGGUGAUACAAUAUAAUGCAUAGCUGAAACCCCAGUUGCAAAAAAGAAAUAUAUUGACUAAUUUGAAAAAUUAAUUUAAGAGAAUAGAGAACAUGAACAUGAAAAAGAGAAAGAACUCUGUAAAUAAUAAAUUAAAAUGCGAUAUCCUGUUUAAGUUGUUGUAGUUGGAACUGAAGAAAGGAAUUUUUAGUCUUUCACUAAACAUACAUAAUAUAUUACUGAAAUUAGUAUUAAUAAAGUGUUUUAAAAUGUAUAUAUCAGAUCUAAUGUAGAUAUUUAUUAGAUACAGUGAAAUUGAGGCUAUGUCUAGUAAAUAUAAGCAAAGAUAUCCCAAAAUUGAUUUACCUUAAUUACCUGAUAAAAAUUGGCUAAUGAGUCACAAGACCAAAUCCAUAGAGGCACGUAAAAUAGCAAUUGAAAACUUCCUUUAGGCUUUGUUACAAGCAAAAGAAUCCUAAUAGGAUCCUGAUAUUUUGAAUGAAUUAAGUAUAUAAAUCAUUAUUAAUCUUAUUAGAAUUACCUAAGAAUUUUUUCGAUUUGCCAGAUUUAUAUUAAUCUAUUUUGAAAUCAAAUCUAACUCAGAAAUAGCAGAAUUUUAAAAGAACUACUCUUGAGGGAAAAGAAGAAUUAAGAGAAAAAGGAAUAAAUGUAGAAAAACUGAAAAUAAGUGCUGGAGAAAUUUUGAAGGCUGUAUAUAUAGAAUAAGAGACAAGAAAAAAAAGUGUUGUUUAAAUUUGUCCCAAUAAGGUUAUUUCUUAUGAGAAUUCAAAAGAUCCAAAUUUGCAAAAAGUGAUUAUUACAUUUCCUGAUGGAACUGAAACAGCACUUGGAGUAACUGAACAAACAAGAGUCAGAGAGGUAUUAGAAUUUGUUGCCAAAUACAAUCAUCUCAUUUAUUAUAAAGAUUUUAGAUUAUAUUUAAUUGAUUAAUUGAAAAAACAAAGAGUUUUGGAUGAUGAUGAAGUACUUUAUAAAGUGAUUGAAGAUGAAAGACAAAAUAAUCAUGGAAUAUUAAAUAAAUUGGAAUAGAUGUUAGCCAAGUCAAAUUCAGAGUAUUAGUUAAUUCUAAUUAUAUAGAGUACUUAUCAAGCUGAAAAAAUACAUUUAUUUGCCUGCCAAAUUAGAAGAGAGUGAUUAUAAAGAAGAUCCGGUAAGGUUAAUCAAUCUAGCCUUUUCUGUAUUAGAUGAUGUUCACGAUUAAAAACUAUAACUUGGAUUUAAAGAAUAUUGUUUAUUUGCUGCACUCUAUUUUCAUAUGAAACAUUAAAGAUUGGAUGAUAAAUUAUUCGGUGAAGUUAGAAGAGUAAUUCCUCAAGAAAUGUUUCAAAGCAGCACAGACAAAGAAUGGAAGGAUCUAGUUACCUAAUGUUUUAAGGCACUUGACAAUGAACUCUCAUAAAUUAGUGUAAAAAUUUAACCAUUUAUACAAGAAAAAAAAUGAAAAUGACUAAAUCUAAAAGAAACCUAACUCCUAAUACAAACAUACAGACAAAAAAUAUUUGGCUGCAGGAGUUACUUUGAAUGCUGCAAGGACCUUCGUUUAAAGCUCUAUGGCCAUCUUUUAAGUGCAAGUUUAUGAGGGAACUCAAAAGUUUUUUAAAAAUUCUGGGCUAGAAGUUCAUCCCACCAUUUAUUUAGGGUUGUCAAUUCAUAAAAUACAUUUUUUAAACCCUUAAAGAAAGGAAUAAUUUAGAGAAAUUGAUUAUGGUCGUGUGAAUGGCGUAAAGUCUUAUCCUAGUUAAAUAAUCUUUGACUUACAAAUAUUUAAGGAACCUAUUAGGUUUGAUACUUACUAAAGUUAUGAAGUACUUAUUCACUUUUAAAAUAUUAGAUAAAAUCACUUGUUGAAUAAUAUCAAGCUAUCCAAAGAUUUGAUGAAGAAUAUGAAUUGGGUCAUUAAUUCAAUAUUAAACAUUGAA